UAAUUGGUUAUUCCAUAUAGUAUGGGACUAAACUUGCACAUAAACCUAUAAUUUGGGACAAAAAUUGCAAUUUUCUCUGUAUGAACACAAUUGUUUGAAAUAUAAAAGACAGCUUCCUCUCGCCGCUAGAAAACUACAGAAAUCACGCACCCGCCCAACUCCAAAGAGAUCGCCGACCAAGGCAUAUGAGAACUUCAGUUGUUGGUAGGAUUUACCGUCACUGCAGCUUCAAGUACAGAGGUUUGAAGGAAAUUAGCUUUUCUUCAACGCCUUUUUCUUAUAUUCAUGACCCUCCACUUCCAACGUCCCAAAAACCAGGCCUCCUUUAUGACAUUCUUGUCAGCUUCAGAAGAUGUAUUUCUCUGGAGCCCACAUGUUAUUUUGCUUCAUUCGCCCCUGUUCGCCGCUUCCAUGCUACUUCUUCUUUCAGUGAGGACACCCGUCAAGACUCGGUUGAUGCUUUAGAUGAUUCUAAUGGAGAGGUGGAACCAAUUGAUUCAUGGGAAGAAGAGGAUGAAGCUGAGCCUGAGGUUGGUGAUGGAAGUGAUGGCGGUGGAGUUGUUCUACAAAAUUGCCCUUGGGGCGAAAGAGCACUAUCCAUAGCCCAAGACGUACUGCUGGAGUUUGGUGAAGAAAUGAAGCUCUUUGCAUUCAAAACUUCUCCUCGAGGGUACAUUUAUGUGAGGCUAGAUAAACUUUCAAAUGAAUACGGGUGUCCCAGCAUGGAGGAGAUCGAAUCUUUCAGUCGCCAAUAUAAGAAAAAGUUGGAUGAAAUUGGUGCAAGAGGGGAAAUACCUGAUGAUUUAGCUCUUGAAGUAUCGAGCCCUGGUGCCGACCGGCUACUGAGAGUACCUGAUGACCUGUUGAGGUUCAGGGACAUGCCAAUGGUAGUCAGCUACUUGCAAGAUUCUGAUAGUAGAUGCACAGAAAAGAACGGAGUCUACUUUCUGGACACCAUUGAAACAGAAUCAAGAUGCUGUGUCUGGAAGUUGGCAGAUGUGAGGGAGAACAGAGAUCCUUCAGCUAAGGGGAGGCCAUUGAGCCGCAAACAGAAAGACUGCCGACUAAAACUACCAUAUGAUAUGAUUAAAUGGGUAACACUUUAUAUUAGCUACUAGUAAAGGCAGCAAUGAUGGUAGCUUAUAAUAUUCAUUGCUUUACAGCUAUGAGAGAAAAUAUGCCAUGGGCUAUGAAUAUUAUCAGUCAAGAAUGUGUUUCAAGAUCUGGACAUCUUUCCCAGAAUCCUGGGAGCUAAUGCUGAAUUUUAAUCUCACUAGGAUAAGUAGCAGAACCAAACCUGACGAACAUGUAAACUUAAUUUCCGGUUUCAAGUAACCAACUACUCCGAGCAGGGUAUUGUUUUGGGUUUUGUAAGGUUGGCAUGAUGGAUGGAAAGAAAUUGUUUAACUUAGUA